UCCUUCCUCCUCUCCCUCUCCCAAACUCCUACACAGCUCUGUCAGUCACUCACAGACUCGCACCAGCAUUCCCCGGGCAUCACCUCCUCCACCAUCGGAGAUCCUCACCGAAUCUGCGUUUUGCCGGGUGGACGCACUCCCCCCACAGUCACCAUUCCCACCCCGGAGAGUUCCACGCUGGCAGCGCAGCCCCUUCCCAGGCUGAGCAUCGGGCGGAAGACCCUGGUGGCAGCCGCUGUGGGGGUCAUGCUGGUCCUGAUCCUGGUGGUCCUCAUCCCCGUGCUGGUCAGCUCUGUCGGCUCCAGCAGCACGGACGACGGUGCGAGCCACUACGAGAUGCUGGGGACGUGCCGCAUGGUGUGUGACCCCUUCCCCAGCACGGGCCCCGCGGACUCAGGGGUCAACACGGGUACCGACGCCACAGACCUCCUGAUGGGAAACAAGGAAGAUCUGAGCGAUCACAGCAUUGGCCCAUCGCUGCCUACUUACAGUGCCCAAGGCACACAAGGUAAAUGGGGACGUCCGGGCAAGCCGGGACCUCCGGGGCCCCCCGGAGAACCAGGUCCACCGGGACCAAGGGGACCGCCGGGAGACAGUGUGGACAUUGUUCGGACAGGGAUCCUUGGGGCAGUCAGCACAACGACUUACAACACCACCCCUAGGGUGGCAUUUUACGCGGGACUACGGAAUCCCCAAGAAGGUUACGAUAUCCUGCGCUUUGAUGACGUGGUGACAAAUAUCGGGGGUAACUUUGAGGGUGCAACAGGCAAGUUUACCUGUAAGAUCCCUGGCACCUACUUUUUCAUCUACAAUGUGCUCAUGAGAGGAGGAGAUGGCACCAGCAUGUGGGCUGACCUCAUCAAAAAUGGUCUGGUCAGAGCCAGCGCGAUCGCCCAAGACCAGGACCAGAGUUAUGACUACGCCAGCAACAGUGUCAUACUUCAUUUGGAUGCAGGUGAUGAGGUUUUCAUAAAACUGGAUGGGGGCAAAGCUCACGGGGGCAACAGCAACAAAUACAGCACCUUCUCAGGAUUCAUCCUCUACGCCGACUGAAGACCGGACAGGACAAGGGCCCAGAGGUGAAAGAUCACAUCUGGUUGGCAUUUACUCUCCGAUAUUCACUUGGCAUCCUACUGAUCAACAGUCAGAUUGCUUCCAUAAGUGUUUAAAAUCAGCAUUAAUACAGUGAUACAAUCGGUUGACCUGUAAUUUUGUAGUCUCUUGCGCCUCCUCGUCUGUUUAAUUCAUUUUACAUUGGAUGCCUAUGGUGCUAUUGUGAUGGACAUGAGCAACGUUACGGCGCCAGUCACUGCCACGUGUCACACCGGGGUGCGGUAACUAUUCUGACAGUGCAGAAGCCUCACCGUCAUUCACGAGCUGUCAUGUCACAUUCAAAUCUGGAAAUCCCACGAUCAUGGUGACCAAAAUGUUCAUACAUGUGCUCUUUGGAUUUAUGUUGCGAUUAGGAUUUCUCAUGCCGUUUGUACAAGAUGUUGCGCAUCAGUGACAGAGGUUGAUUUUUUUUUUUGGUCUCAAGAAAGUUGUCUAAUACUGGACAUCUGAAUGAGAUUAUGCUGUUUGAAUGGCAGAGUGUAAUGAAAAUGCUUCUGAUGUGAUUAUUUGGAAAAGCAUGUCAUUUCACGUACAUAUUUGGAACAUUUUAUGUUUAUAAAUUGUAAAUCUUAUACUGAAUCUUUGUGUCUAGACAGUCAAAGUAGCGUGAGCUUGUGUGUCCAUUAAGAUAAUGUAGCUUAUGAUAAUGUGGCUGUAUGAUUUUAUCACAUGAUGUGCCCAUUUGUACAAAAUUAUCCAUAUGGUUGAUGCAUGAUAUACCUGUUCAAAUGUUUUGUGUUUACACACAUGAUAAAUGGUGAUUUAAAAGACAGUUUGAAAAACUAGCAUUGGGCUCAUAGACCAUAUUGU